AUGGCCCCUAUCGAACGAAUCACCCUCUUCAAAAUUCCCGACGAAGAUGACCUAAACCGCGUCCUCGAACAAUACAAAACCCUCGCAAAGACUGCUGUCAAGGACGGCAAGCCAUAUAUCCUCAGCAGCGCCGUUGGCAAGUCGUUUCCCGAUCCUCGGAAUAAGGGAUUCAACCUUUCGGUUAAGGCGACAUUCGCCUCGUUGGAUGAUAUGAAGUACUACGAUUCGGAGUGUGAGGCACACAAGGCACUCAAGGCUGUUGCUGGGCCUGUGAGGGAGGAUUUCCUUAUGACUUAUUAUGAGAGCGUACUGUGA